AUGGAUAAUCAUGAUGAUCACGAUAAAAAUUCAGUUGAUUGUGAUGCUAACUUAACUUCACUUGAUUCGCCAAAAUCUUCUUUUCCAUUAAAAUCAAGACCAAUCACAAUCCCAUCGUCAAGAUCAUCCUCACCACAUCGUUAUUCAUCAAAUACACAUAUCAUUAAUCCAACAUCAAUCGAUUCCAACACUGAUUUAAUUAGCCCUGAAGAAAAUUUCUCUUUAAAUGACACAAAAAAAACAGAUUCUUCAUUUUAUCAAGAAUUAUCUAUUCAUGUUGAACAACCUGUUGGUAGCAUGUCUAUUUCACCAUCAAAUCGUGAUAUUGUGUUAGCAGCACGAAAAGGUCUUUUUAUUAUAGAUCUGGAAAAUCCAUAUGAACCUCCUCGUGAACUUCACCAUCUAACAAGAUGGGAGGUAGCUGAUGUACAAUGGAACCCACAUUUGGCACGUGAUACUUGGGUUGCAUCUACGUCAAAUCAAAAAGGACUUAUAUGGAACCUUGCGCGUCCCUCUUCAAGUGCAGUUGAAUAUAUUUUACAUGGCCAUAACCGUGCAAUCAGUGAUAUUAACUGGAAUCCAUUUAACCCAGAUGGAUUAGCAACUUGUUCUGUUGACACUUUCAUUCAUUUAUGGGAUUUAAGAAGACCAAAAAAGCCUGUAAGAUCAUUUUGUGCUUGGACCGGUUAG